CUCGCUUUCCUCUCAACACAUCACACAACCGACAACAGCCGGAAGUGACCGAACCGAGCCGAACCGAACCGAGCCGAGCCGAACGCCACACAUCCGAUCUCAGCGAAUAAAAACGGACAACCGUUGAUAGAAUUUCUGAUAUUUUACCGUUUUAAUCCAAGCAAACAGCGUUAAACAGACAGCAGGAUGUCGGCUCUAAGCAGCUGGGAGCUUUGCGUAAAGUACGCCCUGUUCAUCUUUAAUUUCGUCUUCUGGCUGGCAGGUACCGGGGUGCUGGCAGUGGGCCUCUGGCUGCGUUUUGACACCAGGACAGCGGGACUGUUUGAAGGAGAGGAUGCGCCAACAGUCUUCUUCACUGGUGUGUACAUCCUGAUUGCGGCAGGGGCUCUGAUGAUGGUAGUGGGCUUCCUGGGAUGCUGCGGAGCCAUGAAGGAGUCGCCAUGCAUGCUGGGAUUGUUCUUCCUCUUCCUGCUCAUCAUCUUCGCUGUGGAGGUGGCCGCUGGGAUCUGGGGUCUCUCCAACAAGGACAGGGUGGUGGAGGAUGUUACAGAGUUUUAUAAGCAGACCUACAACAACUACAAAGACACAAAACAGGAAGCACUGAAGGAGACACUGCGUCUCAUCCACUUCGGACUGGACUGCUGCGGGCCCACAGGGACGGUCAUCGAUGCCGCUAAAGAUAUCUGCCCCAAGAAGGAAGGACUGGAGGUGCUCAUCACCACGAGUUGUCCGACUGCCAUCGACGACAUGUUCAACACCAAACUUCACAUUAUCGGCGGGGUUGGCAUUGGUAUCGGGAUCAUCAUGAUCUUUGGGAUGAUCUUCAGCAUGAUGCUCUGCUGUGCCAUUAAGAAGUCCCGGGACUUUGUCUGAACAAAAAAAGCCUCUGUUUAAUUGAUGUCUUCCCACACAACUGCUUUAAAGUUUAAAUCUGUUUAAUGAUCAUAACAGUGGUAUCGUUUACGGGAUCCAUACAGGAUGACCAGUCUGCGACAGUAUGGAUCCUCUUAAUUUGUUUGCUCUUUUUUAAUUUGGAUACAAAUGUAAUUCCUUUACCCGGAACAUUGAACAAAGUUUUUAUUCUAGUACCAAUUAUAAUAAAUGUAUAUGAUAAUUUUCAUGACAGCAGAGAGCAGGUCUGCAGUACUUUAGAGAUGCUGCUGCCCUCUGGAGGGCGUUGAAGAAUGAAUUUAGAAUAUUAUCGGUUCAGUUUAUGUAAAAUAUGUAUAACACUGGCCUAUGGUUGGUUUGGCAUCUAACAGGCUUUUUUGCAGCUAACUGGAUUUUAUUUUACGUUUGCCUGAAGUUACAUGUAUUUUGAUUUUUAUGAACGCAGAACUGUUGAGUUUUAUGCAAAUAUUUUGAAGAAUUCAAUUCAGACGUAUCUUUAAAAUGCCAAAUAAAUUAACAAAUAAACACUG